UCGGUCCUCCCCAGCGGAGCCCCGAGUUCUCCAGUUCUCCUGGCUCCUGGGUUGCUUCUGCGUGCGGGACACCUUGGGCAGUGUGGCAGGAGGCUGGCUGGCGAUCGGAGGCAAGGAAGCGGCUCGCUGACAAGAGCCUCGGCGGGUCCGGCUCCAAAACGAAGGAAGGGGGAAAGCCUCGCUUUGCAGGGAUGCAAACCGUCCGGCAGCCUCGCCUGCCUCUCUGAUCCCGCCCGGCUUCGCUGCGGGUCCCGAGUUGGGCAGAGUGAAGAGGAGCGCCGCAGCCUUGGCACCGAGGGAGCGAUCCGGCGGCCAAGGGACCCCGCUGCCCUAACUCGCCUCCCGCUGCUUUGCUGCCUCCAAAGUUGCUGGAGGAGGAGGAGGAGGAGGAAGAAGAAGAAGAGGCGCGGGGGAAGGGGGGGGCGGCUUCGCGUGGGGAGGCUGGAGGCUCCUUCGGAGAGGAGGGCGUCUCUGGAGACCGGCGAGAGGAAGAGCGAGGGAGGCGCCGCCGUCGUCGUCGUCGCCGCCGCCACCGCUGCCACCACCGUCGCCUUAGCCGGGCGCGAUGCCUUCUGCCUGGAGCCGAGGAGCGUCUGGCCCCGGGGUGAUCGCCCUGCUUCUGCUAGCCCUUGGCAACCUGGGACUUUGCCACGCAGGGAUUGAGUAUGGAGAUGUGCUGCCAGAUUCCUUCCCAUCAGCACCUGCAGAGUCCCUCCCCAAUUUCCUCUUGGAGCCACAAGAUGCCUACAUAGUGAAGAACAAGCCGGUGGAACUGACCUGCAGAGCCAAUCCAGCCACCCAGAUCUACUUCAAGUGCAAUGGAGAAUGGGUGAAUCAGAAUGAUCAUCUCACAGCAGAGAGUCUGGAUGAAGUCACGGGGCUCCUUGUAAGAGAAGUCCAGAUCGAAGUCUCUCGCCAGCAAGUGGAGGAGCUGUUUGGCCUAGAAGAUUACUGGUGUCAGUGUGUGGCCUGGAGUUCCGCUGGAACCACCAAAAGUCGCCGAGCCUACGUUCGAAUAGCAUAUCUGAGGAAAAACUUCGACCAGGAGCCACUGGGGAAAGAGGUGCCUCUUGAUCAUGAGGUCCUUUUGCAGUGCCGACCUCCUGAAGGAGUGCCAACUGCUGAGGUGGAGUGGCUGAAGAACGAGGAUGUGAUUGAUGCUUCCCAGGACACAAACUUCCUGAUAACCAUAGAUAACAAUCUUAUCAUCAAGCAGGCUAGGCUUUCUGAUACGGGCAACUACACCUGCGUGGCAAAAAACAUUGUUGCCAAACGGAGGAGCACCACGGCUACAAUAAUUGUUUAUGUGAAUGGUGGCUGGUCUACCUGGUCAGACUGGUCCUCGUGCAGCAACCGUUGUGGCCGUGGAUGGCAGAAGCGUACCCGCACCUGCACCAAUCCAGUGCCACUCAAUGGUGGCUCUAUUUGCGAUGGACAAUCUUUCCAGAAGCUUGCCUGCACUACCAUGUGCCCAGUAGAUGGAGCUUGGACUGAAUGGAGCAAGUGGUCAGCCUGUAGCACCGAGUGCACGCACUGGAGGAGCCGAGAAUGCAUGGCCCCAUCUCCCCGAAAUGGAGGCAAGGACUGUAGCGGGGUCCUGCUUGAUUCCAAAAAUUGCACCGAUGGGCUCUGUAUGCAAAAUAAAAGAUUUGUAAGCGAACCCAAAACUCACCUACUGGAGGCAUCAGGCGAUGUGGCUUUGUAUGCUGGCAUAGUGGUGGCCAUUUUCGUCUUCAUUGUUAUCUUGAUGGCUGUUGGGCUGGUUGUUUAUAGGCGAAACUGUCGGGAUUUCGACACGGACAUAACUGACUCCUCUGCUGCAUUAACGGGAGGCUUCCACCCAGUUAAUUUCAAAACUUCCAGAAACGAUACCCCCCAGUUGCUCCACCCUUCAGUGCAGCCUGAUCUAACUGCCAAUGCCGGUGUAUAUCGUGGUCCUAUGUAUGCCUUGCAAGAUUCCUCUGACAAGAUCCCCAUGACCAACUCUCCAUUGCUUGAUCCACUCCCUAAUCUCAAGAUCAAAGUGUAUAAUUCCUCCACAGCAUCCUCCUCCACUGGGAUGCAUGAAGGAGCAGACCUGUUAGGAGUCAUGCCCCCAGGCACCUUUCCCGGAGACAGCCACAGGGAUAACCAUUUCAUGAACCUAAGAAACAAAAGCAUGGGCUCCCAGCAGCUCCUGACUCUGCCUCGAGAUCCUGGGAAUAGUGCCACAGGGACAUUCGGCAGCCUGGGAGGAAGGCUCAUCAUCCCUGGAACAGGUGUGAGUCUAUUAGUGCCGCAUGGAGCAAUUCCUCAGGGGAAGUUCUAUGAAAUGUAUCUGAUGAUCAACAAAGCAGAAAAUAUUCUCUUUCCCUCUGAAGGCACACAGACAGUACUGAGUCCCAGAGUGACCUGUGGUCCUACGGGGCUGCUCUUAUGCCGCCCAGUCAUCUUGACUGUUCCACAUUGUGCAGAGGUCAUUUCCCCAGACUGGAUGUUGCAGUUGAAGACCCAGUCCCACCAAGGACACUGGGAGGAAGUUGUGACGCUAGACGAAGAGACUUUAAACACACCUUGUUACUGCCAGCUGGAACCGAAGUGUUGCCAUAUCCUGCUAGAACAGCUUGGAACAUACGUCCUGGUGGGAGAAUCCUAUUCUAGGUCUGCCAUCAAGAGACUGCAGCUGGCCAUCUUUGCUCCCACCCUCUGUACUUCAUUGGAAUACAAUCUCAAAGUAUAUUGCUUGGAGGACACACCUGAUGCUUUAAAGGAAGUGCUUGAAAUAGAAAGGACUCUUGGCGGCUAUCUGUUAGAAGAGCCCAAGCCUCUACUGUUUAAGGACAGUUAUCACAAUUUGCGCCUCUCGGUUCAUGACAUCCCUCAUUCACUUUGGAGGAGCAAACUCCUAGCCAAAUAUCAGGAAAUCCCUUUCUAUCACAUUUGGAGUGGUAGUCAGAGAGCACUACACUGCACCUUCAGUCUUGAGAGAUACAGCCCAGCUACUGCAGAACUUACUUGCAAAAUCUGUGUUCGGCAAGUUGAAGGAGAAGGGCAGAUAUUUCAAUUACAUAUUACACUUGGAGAGAACUCCAGCUCCUUUGAUGCCUUGCGGUCCUACGCUGGCGGUGCCAUGACAACCCAGCUUGGACCACACGCCUUCAAGAUUCCUCUGUCCAUACGGCAGAAAAUCUGCAACAGUCUUGAUGCUCCUAACUCUAGAGGGAAUGACUGGCGGCUCCUUGCCCAAAAGCUUUCCAUGGAUCGGUACCUAAAUUUCUUUGCCACCAAAGCCAGCCCAACGGGGGUGAUCCUGGACUUAUGGGAAGCUCAACAUCAAGACGAUGGAGAUCUUAACACUCUGGCUAGUGCCUUGGAAGAGAUGGGCAAGAGUGAGAUGCUGGUUGUCAUGGCAACAGAAGGAGAGUGUUGAUGCAGCUGUUGGAGACUUCCAGCCACGUGGAGGAUUGAGUAAGAGAGGGACAGGAAAAAAAAAACUUAAAGAGAAAAAAAGCUCUUUGGAACCAGUGGGAAACAGUUGCAAAGAAGGAGCAGAGCCAAGGCGCUGAAGGAUUCAACUCAGGUUCCUUCUCCUUCUCAUACUCCUCCCUCCUGAAAUCACAAUCAGCCUUAGAAAUUGCGGAGUUUACAAGCAAUCCAAGUGUUAAAGACUCCUUCCUCCUAUUCCUCACAGCCUUUGGAUUACAGCUUGAAAGCAAUGCAUCAUUGCUAAUGGUGACCACAGCCUCAGGCAGCAGUGUCUUCUCCAAAUCUCUGUUGUCUCUUGUGUGGCUUAUUUAUGAGGGCUGCUGGAAUCUGGGCUGUUAAUUUGUUUGGUUCUUUGUUGAUCUCUUUUUGACUUUCUCUUUUCCCAUUCCCUACUUUGCUCUUAUUUCUUCUUUUCUGGCGUUUAUGCUUUGAAGAGUUGAGUACAAUUUAGUAACGACAACUCCUGUCAGACGCUUCCAACAGCUUAAAAUACACACACGUAUAAGGGAAAAAAAUGGAAAUCCGUUUCUUAGGAAACGCAAGUAAAUGUAUUAUCCAGAUCCUUGGAUGCAUCUUUUUUUUAAUAUAUAUAUAUAUAUAUAUAUAAAUAUAUAUUAAGAAUCUUUCAUCUAUGUGAGAGCAAGAAUAUCUUGGCACUCAAAGAGAAAGAGAGAGAGAGAAGAGAGAAAGAGAGACUUUUGGUGGUGAAUUUAAAAAUGGUCAAUGUAUGUGAGGGGUGUCAAACUGGCGGCCCACAGGCUGGAUGCGUCACAUGUAGGCCACACUCACCCCAGCUCCGCGAAUGGGGAAAACGUUGCAAAACAUCACGUGAUGGCAACAUGAUGCAGUUAGUUUGACACCCAUGAUAUACCGUAUUUUUUGGACUAUAAAAUGCACUUUUUUGUCUCCCAAAAGCGGGUGAAAAUGUCUGUGUGUCUUACAGACCGAAUAUUGCUGAACACCCCCCCCAGCUGUUUUUUUGCCUCCACAUGUGUUCAGGCCGUUUUGGCCUUUUUCAGGCCUUUUUUCAGCCCGUUUUUGAGAUUUUUUUCAGCCCGUUUUCAAGGCUUUUUUGGCCCAUUUUUUCUGAAAAAAUGGGCCGAAAAAGCCUACAAAAACGGGCCAAAGAAAGCCUCACAAACAGGCCAAAAAAGCCCCAAAACGGGCUGAAAAAAGCCCCAAAAAUGAGCUGAAAAAAGCCUCGAAAACAGGCCAAAAAGCCCCCCAAAAAGCCUCAAAAACGGGCCAAAGAAAGCCUCACAAACAGGCCAAAAAAGCCCCCAAAACGGGCUGAAAAAAGCCCCAAAAAUGAGCUGAAAAAAGCCUCGAAAACAGGCCAAAAAAAGCUCCCCAAAAAGCCUCGAAAAUGGGCCAAAAAAGCUGAAAAAUGGGCCGAAAAAAGCUCCAAAAACAGGCCGCAAAAAGCCCCAGAAAUGGGCUGAAACAAGCCUUGAAAAUGGGCCCCAAAAAUGCUGGAAAAGGCCCAAAAAUGGGGCGCACGGAGGCCAAUUUUUUGUUGUUCUCCUCUUCUAAAUUUAGGUGGGUCUUAUAGUCCGAAAAAUACAGUAUGUGUUCAUCUCUGAAGCUUGGUGAGGUAGGAUUGCUGAUAGGAUUAGAGAAAAAAUGAGGGUCUGAAAGGACAAAUUGUGUCCUUUUUCACAUGGUGUUUAAUUUUUUAUUAUUAUUAUUAUAGUUCACCAUAGUAACAAGAUUGCCAGAGUGUGGGAACAAGCUAGCAACCCACUCAUAACAAACUGACUUUUGAAAAUGUAGCUGUAAUGUGGGGCCAGAUGUAAAGGCCUACAAUAAUGAGACAUUUUGGAGUAAACAGAUUUGGAAGGUUUUAUUUAGAGCUUUCUGGAAAGACCAACACAUUGUGUAUUCUUCCCAGCCCUCAAAACAAGUAUAAUCUUAUUUCGGUUAUGUCUCAACUCACUGCCUGCUUUGUGGCAUUUAUUUUCCUCUGAAUUCAGUUCUUUUGAUGGUCCAACUGAAAUAACACUCUGGCUAGUAUCACAGUAGCUCCAUUUGUCUAAAAAUGUUUUACAUUGUAUGACCUUUAUAACAUCCAUUCUAUACGGGGAACUAAAAUUCAAUUGUCCUUGAUAUACAGUUCAGUGGUACCUCGGUAUUUGACUGCUUCAAAAUUUGUCGAAUUUGGUACUCGAUGCAUUUUGAUGCCAAAAAAAUGUUGCCCCAGUACUCAUAGUUUCUUUGGUAUUUGGCGUGCUGCAAAAGAAAGAGUGGGACAGCCGCAGAGAGCAAACAGAAAGUCGGCCAGGCUGGAAAGGUAUCUGAUAUAGGAAAAAGGACAGACAGAAAAUUUUUCCCAGGGUCACAUGAUGAGUCACCUGGUUUGUUUGGCACUCGUAGUUCUUACUACACAUUGUGCUUCCCGGAACCAAUUAACGUCAAAUACCGAGGUACGACUGUACAGGUACAGUCUAAAAAUAUGGUUUUCUCAGCUGUGUUCUAAAGCUCUUUUUAACUAGCCAUGUCAAAAGGGAAUGAUAGAAACCUUAAAUGCAAAAGUA